AUGGCGCACCGAAUUGUAACGCAAAUUGUUCUCACGGGAACUCGAGUUCUCGGUCGCGCAUUCGCAGAGGCUUACAAACAGGCGUCGGCGUCUUCAAAGUACGCCGCCCACGCACAGAAAAACGGCGCAUCGGUAUCAAACACCUACGCCUCGUCCGGCCUCACUCUCGACGAGGCGUGCAAGAUCCUCAACGUCAAGCCUCCCAAAGGCGGCGAGGCCAGCCUGGAAGUCACCGUGGAGAGAUUCAAGAAGCUGUUCGACUUGAACGACCCGCAAAAAGGCGGCAGUUUCUACCUGCAGAGCAAGAUCCUGCGCGCGCGCGAGCGGAUCGAAAUGGAGGUGCGAGAGGCGGAACGCAACGCGAAAAUGGACAAAGAGCUGCAGGAUGGAUGGAAGCCGAAAGUCUACAAGGACCGAUGA